CAACAAGCCGGUGGCGGUGCUGAGCAUUUCCGGUUUGUGGAAGAGUCACAUCAAAGCGGUUUUCAUAGAAGAGCAUUUUCAAUUUAGUCGAUAUUCCGCAAUAAAAUGUCUGAUUUAGCGAAAGAGAAAGCAGCACGUCUGCUGAAGAAGCGCGGAAGCUUGUCUUCUCUGGGCAGUCAUGAAGUCAGAGCUAAAGAAACCUUUGCCAAAACUAAGGACUCUAUCAGCACAGUGUCCUACAUGGAAGAGCCUGGACAUCAUGAUGAUAUUCCACGGCCUGCGGUGCAAAUGGAGAACACCUAUCAGCUCAGCCCCGCACGACGUUUCCCGGUGUUAACAGUGAAGGACAUUCUGAAGGAUGUGUUGACCAGCUACCUGCAGGAGGAGAAAUAUGAACCCGAGCUGUGCAGACAGAUGACCAAAACCAUCUCUGAGGUGGUCAAGGCCAGAGUUAAAGAUUUGAUGAUUCCCCGCUAUAAGAUCAUCGUCAUCAUCAGCAUUGGUCAGAUUAGAGACCAGAACAUGCGCAUGGGGAGUCGAUGCCUGUGGGACGAAACACACGAUAAUUUCUCCUCGCACACUUUCAAAAACAGCUCGCUCUUCGCCACCGCUACUGUCUAUGGGGUUUAUUUUGAAUGAGUGU